AUGCAGGAGAACUACGAGACGGUGACCUCGCUGGGUUACAAGAGAAGACCCCAUAAAUGCUUGGACUGUGGGAAAAGUUUCAUACAGAGGUCAAGUCUUCUAAUACAUCAGAGAAUACACACAGGAGAGAGACCCCAUAAGUGCUUGGAUUGUGGGAAAAGUUUCCUACAGAGAUCACACCUUCUUAUGCAUCAGACAAUCCACACCGGAGAGGGACAUAAGUGCUUAGACUGUGGGAAAAGUUUCCUAUGGAGGUCAGCCCUUGUUAAUCAUCAGAGAAUCCACACAGGAGAGAGACCCCAUAAGUGCUUGGAUUGUGGGAAAAGUUUCCUACAGAGGUCCGACCUUGUUAAACAUCAGACAAUCCACACCGGAGAGGGACAUAAGUGCUUAGACUGUGGGAAAAGUUUCCUAUGGAGGUCAAGUCUUCUAAUACAUCAGAGAAUCCACACAGGAGAGAGACCCCAUAAGUGCUUGGAUUGUGGGAAAACUUUCCUAUCAAGGUCAGCCCUCGUUAAGCAUCAGAGAAUCCACACAGGAGAGAGACCCCAUAAGUGCUUGGAUUGUGGGAAAACUUUCCUAUCAAGGUCAGCCCUCGUUAAGCAUCAGAGAAUCCACACAGGAGAGAGACCCCAUAAGUGCUUGGAUUGUGGGAAAACUUUCCUAUCAAAGUCAGCCCUCGUUAAGCAUCAGAGAAUCCACACAGGAGAGAGACCCCAUAAGUGCUUGGAUUGUGGGAAAAGUUUCAUACAGAGGUCCGACCUUGUUAAACAUCAGGCAAUCCACACCGGAGAGAGACCCCAUAAGUGCUUGGACUGUGGGAAAAGUUUCCUAUCGAGGUCAAUCCUCGUUAAUCAUCAGAGGUUCCACACAGGAGAGAGACCCCAUAAGUGCUUGGAUUGUGGGAAAAGUUUCCUAUCGAGGUCAGCCCUCGUUAAUCAUCAGAGAAUCCACACAGGAGAGAGACCCCAUAAGUGCUUGGAUUGUGGGAAAAGUUUCCUAUCGAGGUCAAUCCUCGUUAAUCAUCAGAGGUUCCACACAGGAGAGAGACCCCAUAAGUGCUUGGACUGUGGGAAAAGUUUCAUACAGAGGUCAGACCUUAUUAGACAUCAGGCACUCCACACCGGAGAGAGACCCCAUAAGUGCUUGGAUUGUGGGAAA